UCCCAGCGGGCCGCGGGCCGGGAAGGGGCGGGUGAGCUCUGCCGUAAGCAGCCGCCCUCCCACGGCCGCCGGCGGCCCGUUCUCUCCGCGGGCUGAACGUGCCGGGAACUGCCCGCCAUGUCCUCGGUGGUCGCCGCCAGCUGCGACGGCAAGGCCUCGGGGGAGGCGCGGGGGGAGAAGAAGCCGCUGAAGCCCUGCUGCGCCUGCCCCGAGACCAAGAAGGCGCGGGACGCCUGCAUUAUUGAGAAGGGAGAAGAAAAUUGUGGGCACCUGAUUGAAGCUCACAAGGAGUGUAUGAGAGCUCUGGGCUUCAAGAUAUGAGUGAGAUGAGCAGGACUAAGUGGGAUGAUGUCUUUGGUGUGACUGUGUUCUGGAAAGCUGCAAAAUAAAUUAUUUCUGCAAGUUACUUCAAAGAACAAAUAGAAACAAAUAUUCUAUUUAUAGAGUCUUUAAUGAUAGAGUAUGUGUCACAUCUGUAGCUUUUCCACUGUUUGCUCUUGACCACUGCUACAGAAAAUAUAUUUUUCCUCUUAAUAAAAGCCUGAAAAUGA